CAAGAAGAGAUCACUUGUAUACACAUGGGCCCCAUCUUUUGAUCUUUAAGACAAACCAAAGAGAAUCUUCUUCAGCAAGUUGUGAAACUCAGCCUUCAAAGGCAUUCUGUUCCAUCUCUGUAGACCGAUAGGAUCGUCUUUAGCAUCUGCCUGGUGUACACCAUCCAGGCUUUGCCACAGCUCUGUUUCUUGAUUUGUGUGAGCCUAGGAGGUGCCUGAGCCCCCUUGGCUCUGAUUCCUGGCUUUCCCCAUCUAUCCAAAGCAUCUGGAGCUAUGGGUUGCAGUUGCCAGCUGAUGCAGGAUACACCACUCCUCUGGUUUCCACGCCGCUUUGUGCUGCUGGUUGGUCUUUUUCAAAUGUGUUCAGGUAUUGUUGAAGAAGUGUCGAAGUCAGUGAAAGAAAAGGUAUCGCUGUCCUGUGGUUACAACUUUUCUCCUGAAGAGCAGUCCAUUCUCCGAAUCUACUGGCAAAAACAUGACAAGAUGGUGCUGUCUGUCAUCUCUGGGGUUCGAGAAGUGUGGCCCGAGUAUAAGAACCGGACUUUCCAUGACAACACUACCUACUCUCUGAUCAUCCUGGGCCUGGGCCUUUCAGACAGGGGUACAUACAAGUGUGUCGUUCAAAAGAGCGAAAGAGGAGUGUAUGAAGUCAAACACCUUGCUUCCGUGAAGCUGUCCAUCAAAGCUGACUUCCCUACCCCCAACAUAACCCAGUGUGGAGAUCCAUCUGCCAACACUAAAAGGAUCAAGUGCUUCGCCUCCGGGGGCUUCCCAGAGCCUCGCCUCUCUUGGUUGGAAAAUGGAAGAGAAUUAAAUGGCAUCAAUACAACAGUUUCCCAGGAUCCUGAAUCGGAACUGUACACCAUUAGUAGCCAACUAGAUUUCAAUACGACAUACAACCACACCAUUGAGUGUUUCAUUGCAUAUGGAGAUGCUUACGUGUCAGAGAACUUCACCUGGGAAAAACCCCCAGAAGACCCUCCUGAUAGAAAUGACACAACUGUGCUCAUCUGGAUAGGAUUGAGUGCAGUGAUAGGUGCAGCUAUAAUUUUCAUCCUCGCUGUAUACUUAGUCUCCUAUAAGCACAGAAGCUGUUGCAGAAGAAGAAAUGAAGCAAGCAGAGAAACAAACAGCAGGCUUUACAUAGGGCCUGCGGAGGCAUCAGCUGAGGAGACUGUCUGAAGGUCUCACCUACAUUUGCAACUGACCUCUUCUGUAAAUGUCUUCAGAAACAUUGCCCAACCAUGCCCUGCAAAUGUGUUCUCUAGGUGAAGCCUCUCCAGCGGUUUUGUGGAAGUACUGAGAGGAAUGUAAUGCCUACCACAGUAGUUCUGCUGAUUCUGAGAAAGUAGUUUAGAGACUGAAUUCUUUAAAAGGGACAUUAGGGAAGACUAGCAUGCCUGCCCCUACCUCUCCUCCUCCUACACACACACACACACACACACACACACACACACACACACACACACACUUGGUGUCUUAAGAUAGGGUCUUACCCUGUUGCUCACAAUGACACAGAAUCACGCAUGUAGCAAUCCUCCUGCACCAGUUUCCUGAGUGCCAGAAUUUCAGGCGUGAGCUACCGCACUUAGCAGAACACUAGUUGUAUUAAUCUAAGAUCUAAAAACAAACAGAUCCAUUUUUAUGUGGGUGCUCUUUCAUACUUCAAAGCAAAGGUCAAGUUGGAGGCACAGUUUGUAACUUCCUAACUAGUUCAUAUUGGACUUGCAAUGUCUUUAGGCAACUCUGCCCUUUUACAUAAUAGUUCUCAUUUAAAAUGAGAUUAUUUACUAAGUAAUAAUCUGUCCUCACCUAAACAACAUAAGUGAUACUAGCCUUACACAGAACUUCCUCAGGUUCCUAGAAGUGGCUUUUACUCUUUGUUACAGUUCUGCUACAAUGGAACUGAAAAAAUAAACUGAAAAAUAAUAAAAAUAAAUGUCAGACACAGUAGCACAUGCCUGUAAUCCCAGCACACAGGAUGCUGAGGCAGGAUUGAAUUCCAGGCAGCGUGGACUGGGUAGUAAGAUCCUGUCUGAAACCCACUCACCUCUCUCCCUGUGCCCCAGUGACGGAAAACAAGAAAUAGCCAACUGCUUCUUCUAUACUGAAGGUCCCCUUUUCUCUGAAAUUGUAAUCCACAACUUACUAGACCAACAGUGAACUUAAGUCAAUCAGAUAUUCUAGUCUGAAUCUGGAGUCAGAUAUCAAAAGGCAGCCAAACUUCUCAAUGGGGCCAGAGCCUGUUGUACUGUCCAACAAACAGAUCCAUUUUUAUGUGGGUGCCCUCAGAACUAUGUUACUAAAGAAAACAAAGCAGUGGACUGACAAAAAGCUAACAAGACACUGGAAGCAACGACAGAGAAAUCAGGAGGAAGAUGUUGCAUUUAAUUAUUGAUUAUUAUAUUUGAUAAGUGUUAGUUAUUUUUUAGUUAUACUUUGAUUUUAUUACUUAGGUGUUUUUAUGGUAAAUUAAAUUAUUUUUAAAAGCAA